AUGCUUAUUCCUCGUGCCGACAGGAAAGCAAUCCACGAGUACCUCUUUAAGGAAGGUGUUCUCGUCGCGAAGAAGGAUUUCAACCUUCCCAAGCACGGAGACAUUGACGUCCGCAACCUUUAUGUCAUCAAGGCUUGCCAGUCUCUCACCUCCCGAGGCUACCUAAAGACUCAGUUCUCAUGGCAAUACUACUACUAUACCCUGACUCCUGAGGGUCUCGACUACCUCCGCGAAUGGCUCCAUCUGCCAGCUGAGAUCGUGCCUGCGACUCACAUCAAGCAGCAACGCUCGCACGCUCCUCCUCGUGGAAUGAUGGGUGGUGAGGACCGUGAGCGCCGUGGCGGUGGACGUGGACGAGGUGACCGUGAGGGUGGAUACCGCCGACGUGAUGCCGGUGAAGGCAAGGAAGGUGGUGCUCCUGGCGAGUUCGCUCCUACUUUCCGUGGCGGUUUCGGUCGUGGCCGUGGUCGCGGUGAUGCUCCUCCCUCUUAG